AUGCGGCUGACGCUGGCGUUGGCCUGCCUGCUGGUCGCGACUGCCGCCGCCGCUCUCCACGAGGUGGCGCACCUGUCGUUCGCCGGCUCGGCGCGGUGCCCGAGGGCCUGCGUCUGCGCAGGCGCUGCUGUGGACUGUUCGAGGCGGGGAUUGGUCUCUGUGCCGAGGAACGUGCCGACGGACACUGAAAGACUAAAACUCAGGCAUUUCCUCCGCAUAAUAUUCACUUUCACACUUUUUUCCCAGCAUUCUAAUGAUUUCUCUUUCGCCGUCAAAUGCAGUCCUCGGCAAAACCAAAACCAGACUUUGGUGACUAAUUUCCGUUAA